AUAAGAUGGGUUUUAGUCCUAAUAUUAGCUUUUCUAAACGCCUUGAGUGCUUAUAUUUGGAUUUCAUUUUCUCCUGUUGCCGAUCAUACCCUGAAGUUUUACAAUACUGAUGAAGAUAUAGUUAAUUGGCUAUCUGCGGUUUUCAUUAUAACAACUAUUGUCUUUGGUUUACCUGCCAUUUUUAUUGUAGACUAUUUUGGUGUGCGUGUUGUUAUCAUAUUUUCAUCAUUCUUCUUGUUUAUCUGUGGUAUAUUUCGAGUUAUUACAAGUUCAUUCUUGCCAUUUCAUUCAAAUAAUAUCAAAAUAGCUUUAUUAUUUGUAGGUCAGAUUUCGGCUUCUUUUUCACAACCUUUACUUAUGUUUCUCCCUACCAAGCUGGCUUUUGUCUGGUUUCCUGAUAGACAGAGAACUAUCGCAAACACUAUAGGGUCUCUUGGAAACCCCUUAGGGGUCCUUCUUGGAAGUGGUCUUGUUCCUAUAAUCGUACAAUCUUUUGAAGACAUUCCGUUAUUAAAUUGGAUUACAUUCAGUAUUACCUGUGUAGGUCCUUUUCUCGCCUUAAUAACAAUAUUUCAUGACCGACCUAAGAUUCCGCCAUCGAUUGCUGCCUAUAUAGUUGAAGAAAAACGUUCAGCUUAUUCGCAUUCUGGAUUUUCUUUUACGCGGACUAUUCGUAUCUAUGGCGAAUAUAUUCUGCAAGCAUUAAGAGUUCCUGGCUUUAUAAUCCUCUGGAUAUCUUUUAGUACUGCUCUGGCCUAUUUCACUGUGUUUUCUGCUCUAGCUCAACAGAUUUUAUGUGCAAAGGGUUACAGUGACAAAUUUGCAGGCCUUGUUGGCUCUUUAAUGAUAAUUUGUGGAUUAAUUGGCGCAGCAAUUUCCGCUAUUAUUAUGGACAGAACAGGAAAAUUAAAGGAAAUGAUAAAAAUAUGUUAUUGUCUUGCUAUCCUUGGAGAAGCAGGGCUUUCAACACUUUUAUUUAUACCAAAAAUGGCCGCUGGAAUCCUUGUAUUUUCCUGCUGGCUAGGCACUUUCGGCUUUGCCCAAUAUAGCGUUAUUCUUGAAGCAGCUGCAGAGGCUACCUAUCCUGUGCCAGAAUCAAUAACAACAGGCCUUCUUAUCGUCGGGAGUCAAAUACUUUCACUUGUCUUUCUUCCGAUGCUACAAGCUGUAUCACCAUAUCUUGAUGAAUCUUCUUUUGAAGCAUUUUCCCCUACUUGUGGACAAGCUAGUCAUCCUAAGGUUUGUAGCAUUUAUAGCAUAUGCUAUUAUGAAUUGGGUUUCUAA